AUGGCCGCUGAAGACGAUGUCAUCUCCUCACAGCCUGUGAAGCACACUGAAGAUGCGGUCAGCCUGCCGUAUACGGCUCCAACGCCGAAUCCCUGGUCUGAGACCCAGCCAACUUUCCGAUUUGGUGUAGCGGACGAGAAGGGCCCCAGGCGGACGAUGGAAGAUGCACAUACUUACGUGUUCGACUUCGCUGGAGUGAGCGGACAAGGUUUCUUCGCCGUAUUCGAUGGCCACGCCGGGAAGGAGGCAGCGGACUGGUGUGCUAAGAACUUUCAUGAGCAUCUACUACAACAAUUAGAGGCGAACCCAGACAUGCACAUACCUGAUGUGUUCAAUGCAGCCUUUCAGAGCGUCGAUCGCCACCUCACCAAGAUGAGCAACGAGUCGCAGGGCAAGAUCCACUCUGGCUGCACUGCCGUUACCGCUUUCCUGCGGAUCGAAGAUGCGGAUGGACGUCAGCCUUUCUCUUCCGGAUUGGACGCCACCGCGGCUAUCGUCAACUCGCACUCGCCCUUCGAUCGCCCUGGACCUGCAAGCCCUGGCUCCGGAGGACUCGGAGCGGACUCCGCAAAGGGAAACAAUAAUAACUCCCCUUCCGCGACACCCCGCACCCAGUCGCCCACGCGCACUACGCACGCACGCAGCAACUCCGUGUCCACCGGCCCCGUUCAAUCUCCACCGCCCGGCCCAUCGCUGAAACGCACGCUGUACGUCGCGAAUGCUGGAGACGCACGCGGUGUCCUUUGUCGACGUGGUCGUGCCCUGCGCCUGACGUACGACCAUAAGGGUACGGACAAGCAAGAAGCCAAGCGCAUCAUGGACUCUGGAGGGUUCGUCAUGAGUGGGCGUGUCAAUGGCGUACUCGCCGUUACGCGUAGUCUCGGCGACUCUUCCAUGAAGGAGUUCGUCGUUGGAGCGCCCUACACGACCGAGACCGAACUCACCGAUGACGACGAGUUCCUCAUUCUGGCAUGCGAUGGGAUUUGGGAUGUCCUUGACGAUCAGAUGGCGGCCGACAUCGUUCGCCCUAUACAGAACGUCCAAGAGGCUGCCAACAAGCUCAUCCAGGAGGCGACAACCCGUUAUACAAACGAUAACAUCACUUGCAUGGUUAUACGCCUCAAAGACGUGACUUCUGACCAAUAG